AUGAGCGACCUUCAGAUUGUGACUGGCUUUUCCAUUAUGAUUAGCGGCUUCGCACAACUCAACUGCGGCCUGACGACCUUCGAGUGGCAGAUGAUCAUCCACCUUGCCUGGUUUUCCAGCAUCUCAUCAUUCCUGCCUAACAUUGCUGCGGAAUCACCUUUAUCACCACACAACAGAGCGCAUUUGGCGGCUUUGUGCCAGGCAAUCCUAGCCGGUCUUUUGUGUAUGGGGAUUUUAUUCACUGGGAAUUAUGGUUGGAACUCGGCUGGACUUGGAGCUAACAUACUCUGGACAACUUCAAUUUCAGUGAUUAUGAUUACUUUUGCUUUUAUAUCACGCGUGAUCAAGUUGCAUCGAAAGCUCUCAGUUGGUGCUUUUAAGCGAGCGAGGGGGUGGCUGAGCGACAGAAGCCAGCGGAUUUUGAACAAGCUCUACGGGGUUUGGCUGAUUCUUUCAUUCAGCUGGGGCAUUUCUAGAGCAUUUCUCACAAUCGAAGUGCCGAAAGAGAUGGGAUUGUUUGUCGGAUUCGAAAAUGAUGCCAGUGACUGGACCUUCGGACAGGUAGUGGCAUUAGUGCUCUUGGUAGCACCCUUCCUAAUCAUAUUUUGA